GUUCUGUGCUGUGUGACUAGUGACCGAGAUGCCUGAGCCGGCGAAAUCUGCUCCCGCGCCCAAGAAGGGCUCUAAGAAAGCGGUGACCAAGACCCAGAAGAAGGGGGAUAAGAAGCGCCGCAAGACCAGGAAGGAGAGUUACUCCAUUUACGUCUACAAGGUGCUGAAGCAGGUUCACCCCGACACCGGCAUCUCUUCCAAGGCCAUGGGCAUCAUGAACUCCUUCGUCAACGACAUCUUCGAGCGCAUCGCCGGGGAGGCGUCCCGCCUGGCGCAUUACAACAAGCGCUCCACCAUCACCUCCCGGGAGAUCCAGACCGCCGUGCGCCUGCUGCUGCCCGGGGAGCUGGCCAAACACGCCGUGUCGGAGGGCACCAAGGCGGUUACCAAGUACACCAGCUCCAAGUAAACACAUGUGGUGCCUCUCCGGGACUUUGUUACACCUAAAACUCAAAGGCUCUUUUAAGAGCCACCCACUUUCUCCAUGAGAGAGCUGUGCCUCACUAUCAACAAUAGAAUUAGAUAAUUUCAUCUUUUUGUAGGGGGAUUAACUUGUA